AUGGAUCCGCACUCCGGGCCGGAUACCCCUUCGAUCAGAGUCUUUACGCGAGCCUCCAAAGCCUGCCGGCGCUGCCGUCGUUUGCGAAUCAGGUGUUUCAAUGACCAAGGCAGCCCCCCAUGCGAUCCUUGCCGUCGAGCAAAACAUGAAUGCGAGUUUCCACGGCGAGGUGAAGGCGAUUCAGAUCGGUCCUUCCGGCGACCAAGAACUGCUCAAACCGGUGCUGCACAUACUCCUGAUCGAACGCCAGACAGUGUUGAUACGUCCUUGACUACUGAUAUUCCGUUCAACAACUCUAUCCAAACUACCCUUGUUCCUCAGCCCGUCGGAGUUGGAACCAUAAGGCCGGGAUGGGAAACACUGCCCCCGUAUGAUGAGGUGGUGGAAGGGGUCCAAACCCUCACAACAUCUUAUUUUCAACUAGGAUUUCUACCCAAGGUACUCUUUUUCGAAGAAAUCAGAAAGAACAAAGAAUCCAUCGAUGUCUUCUUACUCUUCAGCAUUCUGAGCGUGUCUGCAAGGUUCACCCCAAGCCUAGUUAAACGCUACCAAGGGGGAGAUGCAGCAACAGAGCGCUUUCUCAGCCAAGCAACCUGUCUCAUCCAAGAUCGCAUGUUUGACCCUUCCUUGAACUCUAUACAGGGAUUUUUCUUGAUGAGCAUCGCCGAAUGGGGAAACGGGGAUAAGAACCGGAGUCUCAUAUACAUGGGCAUUGCCGUGAGGCUGGCUGGAAUCCUGCGCUUACAUCGCGAGGAUACCUACUGUCUCCCCCAGACGGCUUCGCAGCAGGAAGUCGUCUACUCCGAGGUUGCUCGACGUACAUUUUGGAUGUUGGAGACGUUUGAGAACCUCCACUCGGGGUCCGAUUCGCCCAUUGCAUUCUCCUACAGUGAUAUCACGGUGCUGCUCCCCUGUGAGGAACGCGAGUUCACAUUUGGUGCCCGACCACACACUCGUGCCGCACUUUUGGGAACACCCCCAGCCAUCAAAGAACCUAACCUAACACGACUACCUUCUCGAUCUUUGUUCGCAACUCUCCUACAGACUCAUAGUUUAUGGGGUCAAGUGGCUAGAUUGGUUAGCAACGACGCGCCAAAAAUCGGUGCAGGGCAUGGGCCCAGGCUAGAUCCAGAUGAUUAUCAAAACCUUUCCAAGGCCCUGGCAGAUUUUGAGAGCGAGGUCCCCAAGCAACAUCAGUGGUCAGUCUGGAAUCUUCGUGGUUUCAAGAUUGAAGGACUCGAUCUGGCGUACCUGUCCGCUGUCAUGGUUCUGCGCUUGAGUAACAUCAUACUGCGCCGAAGCUAUGUCCACGACAUGCUCAACAGCCAGAGUCGUCAUUCUGAAACGCAUACCUCGCCUUCAAGCGACACGGGUCCGCCCUGGUCUACGGUAUCGGAGGAGCUAUUUGACAACAUGCUUAGACUACAUGAACAAAUCACGGCCUUUUUUGAAUACAGGUUUCCUGAUCAAGGUUACCCAGCCCUAAUCGUGUUUUGCGUCUAUGUCUGCGGAUCAUUAGCAAAUCAUUUACGCCAGCAACCUCAGAUAUGCCCUCGAGUUGCGCCGCAGGCCAUGGGUAUCUUGCAACAGUCAAUCAAAGGACUGAGUGACUUACAAAGCGCUUGGCCACUCGCUAAGCGCUGGUACAGGGCUCUAUGUCGUGCAAGCGAUAACUCACAGCUAGAUAUCCAAGUCGAAGCGGUUUUAGAUGUGCAGCCUUCUCAUACUACCAACGGCCCCGCGCCAGCUGUCGAGGGAUAUAAUACAGACGAGGAGGCCUGUACCAGGAUGGAUGUGCAAUUUAAUGAUCCUUUCGUCUCAGACUCAAUGUUUGAAGUCUUUGAGACUUAUCUGUGGGGAGAUAUGCAAGGGAGUUUAGACAACGGAGCAUUUGGUGAAGUCUUUCCUGCCUCUUCGUGGAAUUGA